UACGCUCUUUGACAGUUCCUAUUUUUAUUUCAGCUGAUUUGACUGAUCUUACAUGUACGAUCACCAACGAAACACUUCCCUCUGUUGAAUUGUUUUUACUUUUACGAAUCUAUAGCUGACAUGGAUGAGGACAUAUUGCAGAAAUGGAGCCCUUAUUCCAGAAUAUAUGAUCCCUUAAAGGCAGGCAGUAUUGAUGGAACAGAUACAGAGCCUCAUGAUAGAGCCGUUAGUAGAGCGAUGAUGAUGCGCUACGAACCUCCACGUAAUUUGGAAUCUAAAGCAGAAAGGACUCUAUUUGUAGCCAGGUUUGGUCCCAAGAUCACAAAGGAUGAUCUGAAAGAAUUUUUUAAGAGGUAUGGAGACGUCAUUUCAGCAAAAGUCAUAGUAGAUGUGGUGACAGGACUCUCUCAAGGCUAUGGUUUUGUGGAAAUGAGAAGCGAAGAGGAUGUCAAAAGGGUGUUGAGGCGAGCCACAGAUGCUACAUUAAGGGGAUAUAAAGUAUUUAUUGACCGUGAAUGUGGUCGCACCAUGAAGGGUUGGAAACCAAGGAGGCUUGGAGGUGGCUUUGGUGGCAAGAAGGAAUCGGGACAACUAAGGUUUGGAGGAAAAGACAGACCGUUCAAGAAACCUAUUGUACCUAAUAUUUUGAAACAAAGAGGCCAUACUAAUAUAAAAUAAAUAUCCUAUUUGAUUUGCAACCGAGUAUUAUGUGAAAAUAAAAUGUUCCUCUGAC